UUCACUGUUGUUUCUUUCUUUUCUCUUCCUUUUUUUUCCUUCCAGUAAAAAAGGUGAUCAGAAUUUAAAACAGGACCAUUGCUUUCGCGGAGAUUUGUUUAUAAACACAUGAGCAUUCGGGAUCAGGAAAAUUAAAUUAUUACAGAUUGUAGAAAUUAUUAGGAUCGAAAAUUGGAGAGUUUAGGAGUUGAUUAAAUGGCGAUUUCACUAGAGAGUUUACGAGAUUUUAAGGCGAUUGAGUUUCGUGCACCACCUCCAUCGCCUGUCGGUCCAGGACACAGAUCAUCUGUCGCGAAUGAUGACGUGCUGUCAGAAUUUCUUGAGCAUUCGUUACGUGUGCCUGACUUGGUGCUUCCUGAUCGAGUGUUCCCGCGCCAAAAACCAGCUCAAAAGCCUCCAAAACUUGAUUUUAAGUCACUGGAGUUCAUGGAUCAUGAUUCGUUCAUUUCGGUUGUGGAGUCAAUAGGCCAAAUAGGCUGUUUUGAGCUUGUUAACCAUGGUGUACCAAAGGAACUUAUUGAAUCGGUUACAAAUGCAGGUGCUGGAAUAUUUGAAAUAUCGGAUGAAAAGAAGGCAGAGUUGUUGAGGUCAUCCGAGAGGCCUUAUGGAUUCGUAGAGUCUCAUGGCGAUCAAGAGGAAAAAGAAAGGAGUGAAGAGUUUGUUUGGUGCUUAGACAAAGCGAUGAAGCUGGAAAUGGAGGGAUUCAUGCCUCAUCAACAUUCGAAUUUCAGCAAAGAAAUGGAAAUGUUAUUCUCUGAAAUUAAAAAGGCAGGCGAAAAAUUUGUGAAAAUUCUGGAGCAAAUUUAUAAUAGGAACUGGAAAUACGAGGAACGGGGAAGAAGAAAGGAGCAAGAACAGAUUGGUUCGAUUUGUUAUCUGUACAAGCACUGCCACAAUUUACCGGAGAAUCAGAACGAAGGCGGCAGCAGUUCUCUGAAAUAUGAGGUGAUCAGAAUGUUGAUAAGGGGAUCGGAAUAUCCUCAUGCAUUAUGUUUCCACAUCUGCCAUGGAUCUUCUGAGUUUCAUCUCUACUCGAAGAAAGGCUGGCUGACUUUUAGCCCUGACAAGGAUGCUCUGGUAGUCACCGUCGGUGAUCAACUACAGGCAUGGAGUGGUGGAAAUUACAAGCAUGUGAUCGGAAGACCGAUCUUCAGCAGUGAAGUAGAGAGAAACUCCGACGUUUCGAUGGCUUUUCUCUAUUCACCUCCAACUGAAAGCUUCCCUGCUGAGGAAGAUGAGCAGGGGAAAGCAAUCUCUCUGAAGCAACAAGCAUUAUUUGCUUUAUUGCUCAUGGUUUUUUACCAUUUCUUUUUCUGAGUACGUAAAAUGUUUUGCUUCUACUACGAUCAUCAACAAGAGAUAAUAUAUCGAUUUUUCAAGACUA